AGGGAGGGGCUCUAAGAAAAGAACUCUUGGCUUUCUACUUUUCUCCGAGUAACACAUUCCAUUCCUCACUCCUUCUUGCCAGUUCUGCAUUCAGUGUUACCCCCAUGGGUUGCCUAGUAUUUGGCUAGAUGGUAUGGAGUUCUAACGAAGCAGCACAGUUAAUAUGACCUCCACAAGACAUGAAGGCACAAGUACUGCUGUGUAUCUUCUUCGCUGUCACAUUGUACCUUUGUGGAUCUUUAGAUGUAUUCCUCCCAGUCUUCUUCAGUCACCGUAACCGUAAGAACGAGCAACUCAUUCUUGGAAGAUAUGAUGAAGAUGUCACUCUCCCUUGCCUGUUCACGAGUGGGUCUGAAGUUGUAAUUCACUGGAUAAGUCAAGAUAACUAUGUUCACAGUUACUACAGUGGCAAGGACCAAUUGGAAAAACAGCAUUUUAGAUAUGCACACAGGACAUCCCUCGUUCAUAGUGAAAUUAACAAUGGGAAUGCCUCUUUAACUGUCAGGAGAUUGAGUCUUCAGGAUGAAGGAACUUAUAUCUGCUACGUGGGAACAACAAGUAUGCAUACUGAAAAUACAGUGGUGCUAAAAGUGGGAGCUUUUCACACACCUUCAAUAAAAUAUGAAAAGAGGGACACAGAGAACUUUCUGGUGUGCAGUAUCCAGAGUGUUUACCCUUAUCCACAUGUCACAUGGAAAAUGGACAAUACAAAUGUCUCUGAAAGCGGUUCACAAGUAACCGGAGCUCCGGGCCCUUUUAAUAUUAGUAGUACACUGAAUAUUACAGGAUCAAAUUUGUCUUUUGAGUGUACUAUUGAAAAUUCACUUCUCAAUCAAACAUGGAGUGGAGCAUGGACAUUGGCAGGUAGUCAUCGAAAGAAUGAACGUGACUCUAUUUCUCUCUGGUGUACAACCAGCCACAAUUUUUCUCUACUAAAUCAAGACUUCCAAGUUUCUUGGUUCAAGGUAGUAAAUGGGGCAUCCUUUGUCUUGGAUUGGCAUCCGAACUCUUCACAGGACAUAGCUACUAAUGACCCUCAAUUCUCAGGGAAUAAUGAGCUGAGAUAUAAUAGUGACUUCUCCUUAAUAUUGAAAGAUCUUCGUGCUUCAGACAGUGGGGAAUACUUGUGUAAUGUUUCUUCUACUGAGUACACAUUACUCACCAUCCACAGGCUGAACGUAGCUUCCAGUCUUUUACAGCAAAAACAUGUUGGAACUUGGAUAUCAGUUUUACUGCUUCUGAUGUUGCCAGCAGCAUGUUGCUGCUACUCUAAAGUGAGAAGAGACCCCAAUGACGCUGAAGGGACUAGCAGAUACACAUACUCUGCCGCUGGAGACCAACGCGUCCAGGUUCCCCAGCCAGAGGAAGAAGUGCAAUGUGGUUCUGACGAAGUAAACAAUCUCAAUUCAGAAACGCACCCUAUCUCUGUUGAUGAGAGUGUUAUGAAUGGUGAUAACUCCAAUGGAUAUGACAUACAACAUUGUGGGGACCAACAGAUGUAAACGUAUUCCACCCAGACUGGAGGUCAGAGAGUUUGAGCUUACUUUUGCUCUUUCAAAGUUGUUGACAACAGCUGUGGCUACAAAUCCUGACCUAGGGUGUGGUUAUUUGGUAUUUUAGACAUUAACAUGGCCCAUAGAGGUGGAUGUG